AUGAAAAUGCCAAAUGAAGGAUUCCCCUCAAUUGGAAUACGAUUUAAAGACAGGAUAAGGCGGGGAGGGCAUCUCGGAGAAGUGGGAGGUAAAAUGACCACGGAAAAGGCGAACAACCGACGAGAUAAAAUACACGUAGGAAUAACUAGAGUUGAGGAUAAUCAGGGAAUAAAAGGACUGGUAAUCACAAAACAUCAACAACUUGAGAUGCGAGGAAAUGCCAGAAGCUAA